GCGAGGUGUAACGUGCACUCGUGCCAAGAUAAGCGAACAAUUAUAUUUUUUUACUAUCUCAUUAAUGUACGUAAACAAAUAAAGGUGUUGACACGAAUUGCUAUAAUUUUAGUCUUUAUUAACAGUAGAUUAUUGUUCUUUAUUGUUCUUUAUUAGUCUCGUAGAUGGGUGAAAGUAAUAUAAUUGUUAUUUUUAUAUAGUAUAGGUUUAAAGUGCAGUGCCAACUUAUAGUUCAGUCUACCUACGUAGGUAGUUAGUUGUGGAUAGUAGGUUAGAUUAUCUUCGGGACGUGUUCUUUGUUUCCUGGGAUUGUUGGUGACCAAUAUGGAUAUCUUGACAGAGAUGAAGUUCACUUUGUUACUACUGCUAUGGCUGGUGAACCAUUCGCUAUCUCAAAAUGGCUGUGAUUUCUAUACAAACGUUCCAGCUGGGAGCUCGCAGGUGUUCUCAAAUCCAAACUAUCCUGGGCCUUAUGGACCAGGCAUUCAAUGCAGAUGGACAGCCAGAUGCCCAGCAGGGUACAACUGUCGGAUUUCUUGCCCACAAAUACAAAUACCCUAUUCAUCUGGAUGUUCCAUGGAUCGUCUGCUAGUCUCCCGUUCUGGGGACCCUCAGCUAAACGCCGCGGAUACAUUCUGUGGGCCAGGCUCCAUAUAUCUCACUUCGACUGGUCAAGUACUCACCGUCGGUUUAAUAUCAAGUCCUUACAGUACAGGAGGUACUUUCCGCUGUCAGAUUACAGCGGUACAAAGCGGAGAAGUUACUCCUCCACCCAGUCCUCAGUGUAUUUGUGGAGUUAGAAACCAGAACCGCAUCGUAGGAGGUCAAGAAACUGGCAUCAAUGAGUUUCCAAUGAUGGCAGGACUGGUAGAUUUGAGUAUUCGUACGAUUAAGUGUGGAGGUGCUAUCCUAACUAGUCGGCAUGUGCUGACGGCUGGCCAUUGCUUGUACAGACAGAAUGCCACCAACUAUGCUAUCGUGGUCGGCGAACACAAUGUAAACAUAGGAGACUCUCCAGCUACAAGAGCGUAUGCGAUAUCAGGAGCAGUGGUGCAUCCGUCAUAUACGCCUGUCCUGUAUGAUUACGACAGUGCAAUAGUGACCACUGUCCUAAAGAUGGAGUUCGGUCAGUUGGUCAUGCCAGUGUGCUUACCAUUCAAGUUCCGUAAUAAUAAUUUCGCUGGGGCCAAGGUAACUGCCAUUGGUUGGGGCACCCUAUUCAUUGGUGGACCGAAGCCAAGUGCUCUGAUGAAGGUAGACUUGGAUGUGAUAAGUCAGGCCACUUGCAGGAACACGUUCCCUAGUGUCACUGACCGGCAAAUGUGCACUUACACUCCGGGGAAGGAUUCUUGCCAGGAUGACUCUGGAGGUCCUCUCCUCUACACGGAUCCACAGACCGGUCUCCUCUUCAGCGUCGGUAUGGUCAGCUUUGGCAACUUCUGUGCCGAAGCUAAAACCCCAGCUGUGAAUACCAGAAUCACCGCUAUCUUGGACUGGAUCGUGGCUAACACCCAGCCUAUGUCGGAAUAUUGUGUUAAAUGAUUCUAUUCUGACUUUGUCGUUCAAACGAAAUUGUGCCAAAGUUCUUAAUUAUUAUUAUUAAAAAAUAUGUAUUUUA